AUGAACAGUGAGCAACAACCCAACGACGUCGUUCCCGCGAAUGAACCGCCACCAGCACCAAAUGGUGGCUACGGCUGGGUCAAUGUCGCAUGUGUCUGUAUCAUCAAUGGUCACACAUGGGGCUUGAAUUCAUCCUACGGUGUCUUUCUGGCCUACUAUCUGGCCAACAAUGUCUUUCCUGGCGCCACCUAUCUUGAGUUUGCUUUCGUCGGUUCUUUAUCAAUUGCAUGUGCAUUACUAGUCUCACCAGUGGCUACUAUCUUUACGCGCAAAUUCGGAACCAAAACUACACUCUUUACUGGGGUGGCGUUUGAGACGGCGAGCUUGAUUGGCGCGAGUUUUGCGAGCCAGAUUUGGCAGCUGUUCCUCAGCCAAGGUGUUUGCUUUGGCUUUGGCAUGGGCUUUCUCUUCGUUGGAUCCGUUGGUGUCGUACCGCAGUGGUUUACAACAAAAAGAAGCUUGGCGAACGGUAUCGCCACUGCUGGAUCUGGACUUGGUGGUCUGGUUUACUCGUUGGCGACAGGUGCCAUGAUCCCCAGCAUUGGACUAGCCUGGGCCUUCCGAGUCUUGGGUAUCAUAGCCUGCGUAGUAAACGGUGUCUGCGCCAUGUUGGUGAAGGAUCGAAAUAAGGCGAUUGGAUCUUCGCAACUAGCAUUCGACAUGCAGCUGUUCAGGCGGACGGAGUAUCUCUUACUACUAGGCUACGGCUGGUUCAGCAUGUUGGCAUAUGUGGUUCUUCUCUUUAGUCUGGCCAACUUCGCACGUAGCGUCGGUCUUACCGCUACCCAGGCUUCUACGGUCUCAGCAAUUUUCAAUCUUGGACAAGCAAUCGGUCGCCCGCCUAUUGGCUACUUCAGUGACAGCAUUGGUCGGAUCAAUAUGGCUACGUUGAUGACAUUUGUGUCUGGCCUCUUUGUCCUUGUCAUCUGGACAAACGCAAAAAGCUUCGGACUUCUGAUCUUCUAUGCAAUCUUUGGUGGCUCGGUUGCAGGAACCUUCUGGACGACCAUCGCUCCCGUCACCGCUGAAGUCGUUGGUCUGCGUAAUGUCCCUUCGGCGCUGAACAUAUGUUGGCUGGUCCUUGUCAUUCCCUGUACAUUUUCUGAGCCCAUCGGCCUAGAGAUUGUGUCCUUUGAUGGAGGAUAUCUUGGAGCGCAGCUGUUCACAGGAUUCAUGUACGUGGGCGCGGCUGCUUGCGCACUACUCCUUAGAAGCUGGAAGAUUGCUGAGGUGGAUGAGAUUGAGGGACUGCAAGAUGUUGGGAACGUGGAUGCGAUCACCAUCGAGACAAAGGUGGCAGAGAGCGUGAAAGAGGUUGCAAGGAAGACAGCAAGAAAACGAUUGCUUGGCUGUAUCUUCAGAUGGAAGAAAGUGUGA